AUGAGAACAUAUCAUUGCUUCUGGCUCCUCUUCUGGUUUGGUCCUCUUCACCAAAGUUAUUCUACACCGUUAUCCAAAAAAGCUACUGGUUUUCCAGAAAACCUAAAGGUUUUGGAUUUAUCUAGAAACAGCAGAAAGGAACUUAGUCGUUCCAAAAGAAGUUGGAUGUGGAAUCAGUUCUUCCUUCUAGAGGAAUACACAGGCUCUGAUUAUCAGUACGUUGGCAAGCUUCACUCUGACCAGGAUAAAGGAGAUGGUUCACUCAAGUACAUCCUUUCCGGAGAUGGCGCAGGGGACCUCUUCAUCAUCAAUGAAAACACUGGCGAUAUUCAGGCCACAAGAAGACUUGAUAGAGAAGAGAAACCUGUUUACAUUCUUCGUGCUCAGGCUAUCAACAAAAAGACUGGGAGGCCCGUGGAACCAGAAUCAGAGUUUAUCAUUAAGAUCCACGAUAUCAAUGAUAAUGAGCCCCUGUUUACAAAGGACAUUUACAAUGCCAGCGUCCCAGAAAUGUCUGAUGUAGGGACAUUUGUCAUGCAAGUCACUGCAACGGAUGCCGAUGACCCCACGUAUGGGAACAGCGCUCGAGUUGUCUACAGUAUUCUCCAGGGGCAGCCAUAUUUUUCUGUUGAGUCUGAGACAGGUAUCAUCAAGACAGCUUUGCUGAACAUGGAUCGAGAAAACCGAGAGCAAUAUCAAGUAGUCAUCCAAGCCAAGGAUAUGGGAGGUCAGAUGGGCGGAUUAUCAGGAACCGCCACGGUGAACAUCACAUUGACUGAUGUCAAUGACAAUCCACCCCGCUUCCCCCAGAGUGCCUAUCAAUUCAAAAUACCAGAAUCUGCACCCCUUAAUUCACCGAUUGGACGAAUAAAGGCUAAUGAUGCUGAUGUGGGUCCAAAUGCUGAGAUGGAAUAUAACAUUCUUGAUGGAGAUGGCUCAGAAAUGUUCGGGAUGACUACAGACAAGGAAACGCAAGAAGGCAUUGUAAUUGUAAAAAAGGCUUUGGAUUUUGAAAAGCGGAGACAGUUUACUCUGAAAGUGGAAGCUAGCAAUCCUCAUGUGGAUCCCAAAUUCCUCUAUCUGGGACCCUUCAAGGACAUUACUACUGUCAGAAUUCAACUAGAGGAUGUAGAUGAACCUCCAGUCUUCAGCAGACCAGCUUAUAUAUUAGAAGCAAAGGAAGAUGUCCUGAUAAACACCGUCAUAGGUGCUGUAACGGCACGGGAUCCUGACAGUGCAAAGAACCCCAUCAAAUAUUCUGUGGAUCGGCAUACUGAUAUGGACAGAAUAUUCAACAUUGAUUCUGGAAAUGGAUCAAUAUUUACUUCCAAACCUCUCGACCGAGAAAUGUUAUUGUGGCAUAACAUUACAGUAAUAGCUGCUGAAAUCAACAACCCAAAAGAAAGUAGCCAAGUCCCAGUAUUUAUUAAAGUUCUGGAUGUGAAUGACAACGCCCCAGAGUUUGUCAUGUUUUAUGAGACCUUCGUCUGUGAAAAUGCAAAGGCUGAGCAGCUCAUCCAGACCCUAAGUGCAGUUGAUAAAGAUGAUGCUUUUGGUGGGCACAAAUUCUCAUUCGCUUUGGCCCCAGAAGUAGCCAGUAGCUCCAAUUUCACCCUUCGGGACAACAAAGAUAAUACAGCUGGAGUCUUCACAAAGAAAAUGAGAUAUAGCCGUCAUGAAAUGAAUAUAUAUCUCCUACCAGUGAUAAUCUCGGACAAUGAGUAUCCGGUUCAGAGUAGUACGGAGACGGUGACAAUUCGAGUGUGUGCCUGUGACCAAAGAGGCAAAAUGCUCUCCUGUAAUGCUGAAGCCCUGAUCCACCCAACUGGCCUUAGCACAGGCGCAUUGAUCGCAAUCCUUCUUUGUAUAAUUAUAUUGUUAGUUACCGUGGUGCUGUUUGCCGCUCUGAGACGGCAAAGGAAGAAAGAGCCUUUGAUCAUCUCUAAAGAGGACAUCCGAGAUAACAUUGUCAGUUACAAUGAUGAAGGUGGUGGAGAGGAAGAUACUCAAGCCUUUGAUAUUGGCACGCUGCGGAAUCCUGAAGCCAUAGAGGACAAUAAAUUGCGCCGAGACAUUGUGCCCGAAACGCUGUUCAUGCCACGCCGGACUCCAGUGGUACGAGACAACACUGAUGUCAGAGAUUUUAUUAGCCAAAGGUUAAAGGAGAAUGAUACAGACCCCACUGCACCCCCUUAUGACUCAUUAGCUACAUAUGCAUAUGAAGGCAGUGGAUCGGUGGCUGACUCUCUUAGCUCUUUAGAGUCGGUGACUACAGAUGGAGACCAGGACUAUGAUUACCUCAGUGACUGGGGACCUCGUUUUAGGAAGUUGGCCGAUAUGUAUGGUGGUGAAGACAGUGAUAAAGACUCCUAA